UGUCAUUCUACCGUUUCGUUAGUUUCGUCUGUCUUCUGUCAUGCGUACUCAAACCCGCCUUAUGAUAUUAUGGCGCUUGUGUGAUUUCCCUUUUAUCUUGGCAAGUUGAAUAUUCGUUUUAUACAGUCAAAUUGAACAACUCAUCACUAUAUAAGCUCUCAUGAUGUUCCAUCCAAACUUUCAGUAACCUGCACCAGGUGGCAGCAGCUGGUGACAGUAUGUGGCCAUUGUUACUGGACUUAUCUCGGGAUGAGUCUAAACGGAUUUUACGCCGCCUGGAGCUUGAAGCCUACUCUUCCCUCAUCUCUGCAUUCAGAGCACAAGGAAUUCUCACCAAAGAUAAGAAAAAGAUACUCAAAGACCUACAGCAUGCUUUGAGCAUAUCUACAGAGCGGCACCGUGCUGAGGUGCGAAGAGCUGUCAACGAUGAACAGUUAGCAACAAUAGCAGAUAAAAUGUGUGGGCCAAGUACGGAUGCUGACUGGCUGAUUGAAGGCCGGCGUCUUAUCCCCCUGAUGCCUCGCUUAGUCCCACAGACGGCUUUCACUGUCACUGCUAACCAAGCAGUUAACCUACAAGUGGAGAAGAAUGCUGCAAUGCCCAAUCCUAUGCACACUGGUAACAAAGAUUGGGGUGUUAUUCCUGAAGAUGAAGAAGAAACGUGCAGUCGGAAGAAAAGAAGCAUGUCGGUGGAUAAUAUAAGUUCGGUCUGUGCCGGAACCCAGACACCCCGUGCCACCACUGCAUCCGCCUCCUCUUCAACGUCAUCGAACACCCUGCAAGGUAUGUCUCCCGUCAAGAUCACCAUCAGCAAGAACUCUCAGACGAGAAACCAGAACACCAGUGCUGUUGCAACGCAGACCCAAAAAGUGAUAUUGGUGUCCACUUCUGGUUCUGGUUCGAGCACUGGCCCCAAUGUAUUACCAAAGUCCAUUUCUUUGCCUCUUGUUAAAACAAUCCCAACAAUGACGACCAGUGGAAGUGGUCAUCCAAAGAUGUCCAUUGUGAUGCCCAGCACAAACACAAGUCCUGGAAGUGUUUCCAUCUCUAACGGUAACCUUGGAAACAUCAUCACUGUGGUCACUACAUCAAAUACGUCUUCAAAGUCUACCUCAACAAAUACAACGGCUGUUCUUGGUACUCCUUCUGCAGCAUUUUUACCAUCAUCUAUAAACAUUUCUAAACCCAGACCAAAAUCAGUUCCAAGACAGAAGCUCCCUCAGUUUGGUCAAAAACCUGGCGUUGUGAUCCCUGUUGGCCAGCAACCAUUACAUUCUCCCCAAGGAAACCAGUCUGUACAGAGUAUCCAAAUAAAACCAAACACGAAGUCAGCGAUCCAGAUUAAGCAUGAAGGAGGCAUGAAGAUAAUAACCCAGAGUGUCCCACCCACUGGUAGUAAAAUAUUACCCAAGCCAACCCAAUCUGGGACACCAGUGGUAGUCGUUAGUGGAGUCUCUACAACUACUACUGCCACUACAGUUUCUAUGGUGACUAGGCCUGUCUCCACUAUUUCAGUGAGCCAAGCAGGCAACAGCAAAAUCCUGAACAUCAAUGCUCCAGGUGGGAAGGUGAUUACAACGACAAAGACAGCUAACGUAGUGACUGUGAAUCCCAAAACUUUGCAUCUAACAGCAGUCAAGUCCAGCACCGGUGGAACUGUAAGCCGACCUAAUGUCAUUGUGGUAACCAAAGCUCCACCUAAAAGAUCACCGGUCCCGAUUUCCACUAGCAUCACAAAAGGAACGGAACUUGUAAGUUUCAUUCAUAAACAUGAUAGUCGUCAAGGAAGUAGUCCAGUAUCUUCUUUGAAGUCUCCUCUAGAGAAAAAGAUAAUUGUAACCACAACAGUUCCAGAGUCAUUGAAGCGGCAGCAACAGGCUCGAAUCACAGACGCUGACGGUGCUGGCGGGAAGACUUCUACAUUGCUGGCGGAACUCAUUCAAGCUGCUGGUAUCCUGCCAGACGCUCACUCUGCUGACUCACAACAGACUUCUUCUACCAUAGCAAUUACCGAUGUUGCUAUUGCUGCUGAUGAACCAGUCGAAAUCAUCUCAGCUGGCAACCAGCUUCACUCUAGUACACCUCAGACUAAAAUUUCCACCCAGCCACUAACUAGCAACGAGUGGUUUGAAUAUGAUGUCGCGGAUGACCAAUCAAACACAUAUACCAACGAUUCUUCUACAGACGCUAUCUCGGCUCUCUUAGAGAUGCAGCACCAAUCCAAUAACGGUAACCUCCAAAUCAAAGAGAAAGAGAUCAUUAGAAGUUCAUCAGAUCUAGGGAAUCUUUCUGAGCAAAUAAAUCAGCAGAACUUUUACACCCUUGAUCAGGCUCUCAGCAUUUUAACUCAAGAAGAAAAAGACACUCCAGCUUCUUCUAUCAGUGGUUCGGUCGACCCACUCAGUUUUCUCAAUUCUUCCACAUUUCCACUCAGUAUAUCCAAACAGAUUGAAGAACCGAUGCAGGUUACAGUUUCCACUCCUGAUGUCUCCAAUACUGUUGAAGUACCCAUCUCUUCUGAAACUCCUCCCUCGACACCAGUGCCAACAGAUCUAGUCGAGCAGCUCUCCACCUCCAUGAACCAAGAACUGUUACAAGGGGAACUUGAUCCUCAGACUGGACUCUUUUAUACGGUGGUUCCAUCGUCUGUGACAACAGGUACUUCGACGACAGGUACCAACACUGUUCAGACCGUCAGCCAGAGCAGUACCAGCAGCAACACCUCUACCACCAACACCAACACCACCACGACCACCACCACCUCUGUUGCAAGCACUCCGGUUGUUGCAAAGCAGAUCAUCAUCUCGAGCCACACUCAGGACAACAGAAUAUCGAGCACUGUCGGUGGUGGGAGUGGCAGUAGCAGUGGCGGUGCUGGUGAGAGUAAGGACAGUAGCAGUGGUAGUGGUGGUAGUAGUGUCAGUGGUGGUAGUAGCAGCAGUGGCAGCAGCAGUAGCAGUCUUGUUGACAACAGCAGCAGGCCUUCGACCUCAUCGUUGCCGCUGACCUCGGUCAUCUCGGCAUCAACUUCAUCUUUGGUGCACAUGCUCGGUGCUUCUUCUACUUCUUCUUCUUCUACCACCGCGUCGUCGUCUUCCUCCUCCUCUCUCCUUCCUACAUCUCUCUCCAAAACCACCACUACUGCCGCCGCCACCACCACCACAACCAAAACCACAACGGCCACCACUGCCACCACCACCACCACUACGACUGUCUCCGUUACUACCACCACUAGCACUCCUGCCUCCUCUGUCACCGCUACCACCACCACCACCAGCUCAACUUCUCCAUCUAAACCACUGGACCUUCUGAGCAGCUCACUUGCCCAGGCUCAAAUUGAUUUGGACACAUAUCAUUUCAUUGAGGAAAUUGAAACGGACGUGCCAAGCCAAGUGACCACUCCAAAGAGCAGCAGUAAAACAAAUAAUAAUAAUAAUAAUAAGAGCAGCAGUGACAUUAGCAGUAGCAACAGUAGUAGUAGUAGUAGCAGCAGCAGCAGUAGUAGUAGUAGUAAAAGUAAAAGUAGUAUUAACGUUAUUAGUACUACUUCGAGCGGCAACAAUAAUAGCAGUAGAAGUAGUAGUAGUAGCAGCAGUAGUAGUAGUAGUAGUAGUAGUAGUAGUAGCAGCAUUACCAAAGGGACGAAAGAGAGCCCCACGUCCAAACCUACAUCCAACCCUCUGCUGGCUAAAAUCACCACGUCACCCUUGGUAUCAACGGUUUCAAACGCAGCCAGGAAAAGCAGUGCUUCAGGACUAGACAAUCCUUCUAAAAUGAACUCAGAUCCAGAUGUAAUCUGUUUGAAAGAAACUAUUAACCUCACAUCCGAGCCCGUUUCAUUGUCCCAGGCUGUUACAAGUACCACGUCUUCAUCGACAGUUUCUUCUACUCCUGUCUCUAAGUCAUUCCUGAAGGGGAGUGCUAAGCAAGAAUCGUCUUCAUCUGAAUCCUCUCCGCCUGUCAUAACCAUCACGACGUCCCCCAAGAGUGUCUCAGCAAAAACCUCCUCUCCAGAGACAAUCGCAAAACUACCCCUAAACAUUUUCCAGGUGAAAACCGUGCAGAAGAAAUUAAGCAGUGUGUCUACUCAACAGGGAGGUCAGCAGCAACAACAACAGCAUCAAGUGGUGGUGAUCACUAAAGAAAAACCUUCGGAGAAACGCCUCUGCUCAUCAAAGAUUGACAUGAAAGACGUAAGAGUGCAUGCCAUUACCACAUCGACUCAACUAAAGGAUUCUAAUGCAAAAAUUCCAAAGAAAUCUUCCCCGACAGGCGUUGAAGGAAAACUCGGUGAAAACCCAAACAGCCUAGCUGAGGGCAAAUCUCUGGACAAUAUUGGUGCUAAACCCAAAACCACCUCGUCCAAAGUGGUGGAUGUCUCCUUAACAGAGAUCAAAGAUUACAAAAAGUUAAGAGGCACAGGCAGCAUGAACACUUCGCCAGUGGACGCAGUCAAGAUUCUCAAGAAGCUUGUGAGUCCCACAAGCGAAGCGGGAAAGGGCGUGUCUGCGACCGUGUGCGUGAACACGGUUCAGAAGAAAGUGGUGCCAGUGACUAGUUCGAUGUCGCUGAGCAGGAAACUGGACACGUCAGUGGGCGGUUCAAUUCUCAGCAAGCCCUCCCCGCCGAAAGUAACUGUGAAGAAGAUCGACUCGCACACUGUCACCGUGUCGAAAGUUCUGCUGGAGGGCCGUCGUUCCUGUAACAACAGCAAAGAUAUCGUUCUGUCGGCGAUUCCGAAACGAAGCGAAGAGAUCAAGAAGUUUCCUUCGGUUUUGAUCAACAGUUGCCAGAAAGAAUUGGUCACCAAAUUAAAACCGCUCAAUAAAACAUCAGCCCAGCUCACUACUGCUGAAAAGACUCUUAAACCGGUGUCAUCGUCUAUUUCAAUAUCCACAUCAUUAUCUUCAUCAUCAUCAUCCUCAUCAUCGCCAUCAUCAUCAUCUGCAUCAUCAUCAUCUUCAUUGUCAACAUCAUCAUCAUCAUCAUCACCCUCAUCAUCAUUGUCAUCAUCAUCAUCAUUAUCAUUAUUAACAUCCUCAUCUUCCUCUCGUUCAGCAUCAUCUUCA